AUGGGGCAGCAAGGGUACGACAACUAUCCAGUGGGAGCAGGCAUGACUCAGGUGGCUCCGGGCAGUCCUCAGCAGGUGGUCUAUGUGGUUCAAGAUGAUGCAUUCGUGGUCCCCAGGCAAGACCCCUCUCAGCUGGACUACACCGUCCGGCUGAAGAGCCCUAACGCCAUUGGCGUCCUGCACGACGCGCCCAUCAGCGACUCCUGGAAGUUUUGGCCCUGUUACUUCCUCGGCCCUAACUGCUGGUGCUGGCUUUGGCUGAAGAAACGGACGUACGUGCGGGUCCUGGAAGACAGUGUCGAGGCGGAGUACCCGUUCGUCUGUGCGCCGUUCUGUUGCACAGAGUGCUGUGUAUGCCAGUACAACACGUGCACGCACCGCAAGGUCUUCUUCCACAGCUGCGUCGCCGGAUCCGUCAAACCCGCGAGGUGCUGCACGCCCUACCACUGCUGCUGCUGCAUCGCGUGUUUUGGCGAGGUCGUGUCCUUCGCGCCGUGCGACGCGGUCAAUUGCUUCCUGUGCUGCUGCCUGCUGCACUACGUCCCGGGGCUCGCGGACUCGGAGCGCUUUGCGCGCGCGGCCAAGACGGCAAAGUCCCAGUGGGAAGCGGGCAGAUUGGCCAACGACACCAAUCUGCGGCCCACAGCUUUCCUGCAAAACGGGGCCGUUCAAAUGACGGCCCCCCCAACUCAGGCGAUGAUGGGCGGUCCACAAAUGGUGGCGUCCGCUCCAAAUGUGCCAGGAGGGGCGCGGAACGCCUGGUAA